UUUAAUCCAGAAAUCAAUACUAUUUAAAUCCUAAUAUGAGACACACAGCUCAUAAAAAUAGCACUUGUGUUGAGCAGGAGGAUAUUGGCUGCCUCCUAAAUUCUGAGAAUUUCAAGAAUGCGGUUUUAAGGCGGAAGAUGAAGGUCUCUCAGCUCAAUAACGUCUCUGAAGAGGUAUCGCUGGAGACACCCCAGAAGUGGACUUUUCAGACAGCGAUAAAGCAAGGGAAGAACCACAAAACUUCUGGUGGGAAGCCUAUUUACAAUAAGAAAAUAACUUUUCACAGAAGGUCUCUGGAGAUGAGCUCGCUUCAAGAGAAACUUGACCAUUAUUAUACAAACAACAAGUCGUUAGCAUUUGAGGACUGAAUGGAUUUCAGUGAUGAUGAAAAUAUCCAAAUGAGCCCUCCCACUAAGAAAUGGAACCUUAUCCAAAAGUUUAUAUGUGGAAAACACGUUCAGAACUUUAGUAACCAGAUAGAGGAAAUCUCAAGACAAAUCAAAAACCCAAAAGGCGCUAAUGGGAGAAGGAAGAGGUACAGAACUAAGCGAAACCGAGGAAAUACAGGGGUUUCUCAGUGUGUGCCUUUCCAAAGUAACCCUCAAACAUCUUUCAUGAUUCCUCAUUCAAGUAAAUUACAAAAGAAUAUCAAGUGUCCGGUAUUCUCUCCGGUUAGGAAAGGAUCGAUCGGUGCCCAGGAUGAUCAAGACUGAAAGAGAGCCCCUUCAGUUAUUGAUCAAGAUCCUGAGUUUCUUGAUGGUGAGAUAAUACCUGAUGGCUUGGUUGAGGGUGACAAAAAAGAGCCCAAGCACAAGUCAAAACUCAAGAGCUCCAAUUGUAUAAACCUAUUCGGAUCCUUUUGUAGAAGGGCAAGCAAGAAGAAAGCAAAGGAAGUGGUUGAAAACAGCCGGAACUCCUUCAUCAUGCCUGAUAUCCAUAGCCUAGGGCCAGUAAAGCUAACCUCUUCGCAUUAUUCCCAAGCUGAGAGCCAAGCUAAGCCCAAUGGCUUGCAAGGCAACACAAUGAGGGAAUCAUUUGCCAAGAAGUUUGCAGCUAGUAUUGAUGAAGGAUCAAUGAGCGAGAGAUCCACCAGCGAGGAAGUAUAUACUACCAAAUCCAAACACAGAUUCAUGAAUCAAUGAAGUAAGAUUUGGAGCUCUUCGACGAACGAAGACCAAACAAAUGGGUCGGACUCAAGUGAGAGGAAUAUCUUGUUUAAGAACUCUGUGAAGCUCCCGAAUCUUACUCCGAUUGCUAAAAUUUUGAAAAAGACAUAUAUCAGCACCAAGGCUGUCGUUCCUCGUAGCCCCAAAAAGAGUAAAAAUCCAAAGAUGCGUAUCAGCAAGAAAGAGGUUAAGAAGAGCAAGAAUAUUGCUAACAUUAGUGUAUAUCCUGGCAGCAAGCUUUUCAGGAGGUCUGCUUCAAUCGUACCUCAUGUGUAACAUAAGAAACUAAAUUAAGGUCUUAAUAAAUUUGCAAAAUUAAAAACUCUUGGCUUUAACUUAUUUUAAGCAAUCUCUCUGAGCUCUCCCUUGUUUAUAAGUCUGGAUGCCUUCGGUUCGGAGAAGUAUCUUGUGAAGAAGCUCAUAUCCCCCAAAACUACACAUUAAGUGCUAAACCCACUAUAUUUCCCUCAAAUUUUAUCCUGAGAUGAGUAACUAAUCCUUAGGCAAACCUCAGCAUCAGUGGUGUUUAUCCUCGGUCGACAAGAUUCUGGCUCCUUGUGGCCAUUUUCAUUUUGG